AUGUUGCAAGUUGCACCACCCUACUUUGGCCAUUUGGCCCGGCCAUCAGCUCAGUUGUCGUCGAACGGCGGAAGCGACUACCAACUUCCUUCCAUCCUGGCCAUGAACUGGGCCAUCUCGAAUCUGACGGGCGGCAAUCGCGUUAGCCGGGCGAUCCUCGUUCGCUAUUCAUCGGUUCCCUUGGCCGAUGCCACCGAUGGAUCCUCGACGGCCCCCCAAACGCCCACCGCCUCCACGCCACGCCCCUCGGCGUCGCACUCCUCACUGUCGUCGACCUUCGCCGCCACCUUCCUGCACGCCUCAUCGCGCCACAUUCCCGGACGGGCGGUGCCGCGCCAGAGUGCCAAUGGCCAGAAUGGCGGCGGCAAGGGGAAUUCCCCAAGUGGAGGCGGUGGUGGUGGUGCAGGAGCUGCUGUUGCAGGUGCAGGUGGCACUGGUGCCGGUCCAGCGGCACAACUGUCGCUGCCAUUGGACGUCGAAGAGACCGUCACAUGCUUCUGUCGGUAA